GUAUGUGCACAGAUAAACCCCUUGAUAUUAUUCAUGGAUAGACUAAGUUGGGUAGACUUUAUUAUCCCAGGAAGAAACUUGUUUCCAAUAGGAAAGUACAAACACAUAAAAUAUUGUUACACAAAUAGAAGAAAAUAAGCCAAGACACCCCAACUGACAACCAGUAUGUACACAUGUUCAAGAUCAGUACAAGAUGAUUAAUUACCUUUAACCAUACACAAAAUAAUAAUUCAGAAUUUAGAAGCAUCCCCACAAGUAAUAGAAUUCAAAAUGCUCUUGGCUCUACGACUACAAGAGUUCUUAAAUCUGCUGCUCUUUACCCUCAGGACCCUAAAUCUGCAGCUUCAUGGUCACAGCUGAAAUUUAGGAGUUGGCUUUAUUUCUAACUUGUUUGUGACACAGCUUGGUGACGGAGGUCUGCUGAAAAUCAAUGAUUUUGCUGCUGAUUGUUUACUGUGUUGUUAGGAUGGUUUAUAUUCUUAAUGCUGAGGUUGCCAAACCAACAUACAGUAUAAAAGCAAAUAUAACAACAGAUUCAAAAGCUGUUAUCUGUCCCUUCUUGAAAAUUUGCUCUGUGUUGAGAUUAAAGUUUAUCCUGUGUCACACAAGUGUGCGAUUAGGAGGAAACUGAGUGGACCAAGUGAAGGUAAUUACCUGCCAGGCCAGGAGGUGGCAGGGUGCGCUAAACCUACUUCUGUUGUCUCUGCUGGCCAAAUACGGGAAAACCUAUCUGAUUCAACAUUGACGACGUCACUUCCGGUUCCAAAAGGAGGCCAUAUCCUGCUGACUACGCCACUGUAAAAGAAUCAGUCGAAAAAUAUUUGGGGCAUCCACCUGUAUAUUGUCCCUGGCUGCAAACAGGGUUGGAAAUAGGCACUGAUGUGCAUGCGUUGAGUUCCAGACUGAACUAACUUGAUUGGUUAAAUGAUGGCAGCUUUAAAAGCCAAAAUCGAAAGUGGCGUCAUCUUAUGGCCGGAACCGGAAGUGAUGUUGUUCUAUGUGCCAAGACCAGAAGUGCCGUCAGUCUUAGCACUGGAACCGGAAGUGACAUCGCCAAUGUUGAAUCAGAUAGGUUUUCCCAUAUUUGGCCUGCAGAGACAAUAGAAGUAGGUUUAGUGCACCCUGUCACCCCCUGGCCUGGCAGGUAAUUACCAUCACUUGGUCUACUCAGCUUCCUCCUAAUUGCACACGUGUGACACCUGUUAUUAAUGAUUGCCCCCAGAUAUUUGUAGUGUACUACCAUGUCCAUAAUGUCCCCUUUAGUUAAUGUUGAGAAAGUGGAAGGAGGAGAUCACCUAAAAUCUAUAACCAUAUCCUUUGUCUGAGAUAGUUAGCUGUACAAAGGAACACAACUGAACAAAUUCAUCAACCACAGGUUCACAUCUGACCUCCUUAUCUUGCAGAAGACUCACCAUGACAGUCAUCUGCACAUUUAAGGAUUUGUCUGUCCUUGUGUGAACUCCUGUAGUCAUUUGUAAACAUGUCUGAAAUACCCUACAACUAGAAGUCACAUAAUGUGACAUCAGCUUUAAACCAGCCAAAUCCAUUCUUCCACAAAGCACUAACUUGAUAGACGCAGUGUACCUAACACAAUGACAAGGAACAGCUUAGGUAGUGAAAAAUGAAACUUUAAUGUCAUAUUCUGUAUUGUGACUCAUGAGCUCCCAUUCAUAAAGUACUAACCACUAAAUGUCAUGUGACCAACAGUGACCCGGUAGCAAAAGUGUGGAUCAUAAUGGUCUUCAAAACUGUAAAUAACAUGGCAGUGUCUAUGAAACCAAAAGACAAAAUGGCAGCAAAAAGAUGUCACCAUCAUAAAAAUAAAUAAUAAAACAAAUUGUAAUUGAAAAAAAUGAACCAUUUUGAGCAAGAAAAAAUAAGAAUGUAAGCCAUUUAUGACAAAAGAAAGGAGGCUAAGCUUCUUUGGUUAGCUGACAGCUAAGUUGUCCCAAUAUCUUUUAAGUCUUGAAUACAGAUGGCCAGAUGACUACACACAAAAUGGAGGGGGUCAAUGAAACCAGAGUUGAAAAAAUAUCUAUGUGAUUCUGUGAUUUGUUACCAUGGUUUUUGUUUAAAAUGGUUAUGUUUGGCAUACAUUUUCCAACUAAGGAAAGCAGACACAUAUUUCAAGGCAACUGUGAGGAUUGUAAAAAGAGAUUAUCUAGAAAUGUAUGGUUUGUGCAAGGCAGCCGCAGUUUAGUGAGAAAGUGGAAUUGGGAUGGAAAUCAGAAUUCACACAGAAUUCGUAACUGGGAAGAGAAUUGUUAAUUAACAAAUCUCGGAACUUGUUGCUAGAUUUGUAGUCAGAGAACAGAAUGGUAAGUCGUAAGGCGAAAAAGGUACACAAAACCAGAGCCAAAAAACACGAGACCUACUGUAAAUUGUAACUCGGAGGGCAGAAAAAGGUGUCGUAAGCAGUAAAUUAAAAAACAAACAAUACAAAUGAUGCAAAUAGUUUUGUUUUGUCUCUUACAAAUCCAAAUCUUGGAUGAUAAGGGACAUGAAGCUUCAGAUUUUUAUAAACCUUCCUGGAAUGGCUCCUAGCAAUGGGGCACUGUAUCCUAAGAAUCAGUCUCUAACACGGUGGCGCCCAUAAGCAUAACAAGACACCGUUGGGAGAACAUGAGCAUCUUUUUAAACAAUGCUAAAAACACAAAGAAGCAAAAGAUGCAUAUAACCACUAGAUUUACUUGCCUCAGAAACCCCAAAAACUAUAGUUAAAACAUUUUUAGAGGCCAGAUUACAGAGGAAAACAUUAAAGCCACAUUAUGAUAAGAAAUAAUUGUAAUGGUAUGGCUAUAUCACGGACUGAUUUUAAAAGACUGCUUCCCUUUAGCUCUUUGGGUUUAUUUGCUUAUUUCUAUCAAUCAUUAAUUUUCUUUUUAAAGUGAUCUUGCUGCACUACAUAUUACUUGUUAUUACUCUUUUCAGUAAGUUAGAAUGAGUUGAUUCAAACUGAUAACCCUUUUUUUUUAACGGAUGAAUAAAAUUCCACACCAUUGAAGUGCCCAGACACAUACACAAUACCCACCGUUCCUUAAAAAUGAAAGUGUCUGCCAGGCCUCAGGCUUUACCCAGUGCUCCAAACACACUGGAGCUUUGUUACCACUGGGCCUUUGAAAUAAUUGUGGGUUUGGAGGGGGGGCUUCUGAUUGGAUGAGAAAAAUGCCUUUCAAACACUUACUGACAGUUCCAGUAGAGCAAUGCCAGGAUGCCAAAGAUUGUCUGUACCCUGGAAACGGGAACAAAGUCACACAACCUGAGGUGAUCGGAAUGGAGUGCUACUGGUAAAUGUUUCAGCAACAGGAAACCCAGGCUCUACAGUUUGGCUAAGUAACGUUUUAAUGCAUCUACCAAAUGAUUGCAUUCUCAGCUAUGAACUCUACAGAAUUUCCCAGUUUCACUGUCAUGAAUAACUCCACCAUUUCUUUAUUUCCUCCACUCCUGGACAAAAUUGUUAAUGGCAUCACCAUCCUCAUCCUGUUCAUUACUAUGGUGUCACUGGGGUGCACCAUGGAGCUCUCCAAGAUCAAAAUCCAUAUAGUUAAACCAAAGGGAAUAGUCAUUGCUGUUCUGGCCCAGUAUGGUGUUAUGCCACUUUCUGCCUUUUUGCUGGCGAAGCUCUUUCAGCUUAAAGACAUUGAAUCUGUGGCAGUGCUGAUCUGUGGGUGCUGCCCCGGAGGCAACUUGUCAAAUAUCUUCUCUCUGGCCCUCAAAGGAGACAUGAACCUCAGCAUUGUCAUGACCACAUGCUCCAGUACCCUGGCUUUGGUCAUGAUGCCACUGCUCUUGUACCUUUACUGCAAAGCUCUCAUUCCUAACACGAAGAAUGCCAUUCCUUACAAUGGCAUUGUUAUUGCACUCAUCAUGACGAUAGUGCCAUGUGCAAUUGGGAUCUUCAUCAAUGCCAAGACUCCACGCUACUCCAAGAUCAUCACAAAGGUUGGACUGACAAUAAUGCUCCUGGCUUCCACGGCUGUAGGUAUAAUUGCAGCCAUGAAAAUUGGUCAAGAAGUCUGGACAUUACUUUCACCCCGACUGAUUAGUACAUGCACCCUGAUGCCCCUCAUUGGAUACCUGCUGGGCUACAUCCUGUCCAGCCUGCUCUGCCUGAAUGAGGAGUGCAAAAGAACAGUGGCUAUGGAGACCGGCUGUCAAAACAUCCAACUCUGCACGGCUGUCCUCAAGGUGGCCUUCCCACCACAUGUGAUAGGGAGUUUGUUUCUCUUUCCAUUUAUUUACCUGCUUUUCCAGACUGCGGAGGCUCUUGUCUUCAUUGUGAUUUUCAGGUGUUAUGAACGGAUGGUGUCAUAAGUUAAAAGUACUGUAAGUUUUUCCAGCACUUAUGAUUUCUGCUCUUAUUGUAAAGUAGCAGGCCAGAAUGCAGUCAUAAGAGAAAUUGGUCCAAUGAGAUUAAAGGUGGCUUCUGGCCAUACCUGAGGAUGAUGGGAUACAAUAGUGGACAGGUCUGCUGCUCUAAAAGUGAAUGACCUCCAUAUCUACAGAAAAAAUGACCGGGGUAAAAGUUUGACUGACAAAAGUAUUUUUUUAUAGUAUUGCAAGGUAGAUGUUAUAAAAGAAGGAUUUAAAUGUUGUUAAGAGAGUCACAUUUUUAAAAGGUAAAAUAAAUAGUGAGAAAUGUUUUUUUAAACUAUGAAACAUGUAAGAAAAAAAUUGUACGAUCUGUGUUAAAUGUACUAAAUAUUAUUUUAAAAGAUUCUAGAUAUUACCUGCCAUAAAUGUUUGUAAACUGUAUUAUAUGCAUUCAUACAUCCAUUCAUCUCACCAUCUCAUCAGACCUAGUUAAUUCGGUUACUGCAUAAUUAGCACUUUAAAUUAAAUA